AUGCUGGUCCACCUCGGCUUCCCUGGAUGCUGUGCCGACUGGCUGUCUCAGCAGCACCGAUGGCUGUCUUGGCGUUCUGCUGUGAGCGAGCAUGCUGCAUGGGCGGGGUCCAGCCUGCCACAGGGAGACGCUUUGUCUCCGGUCGGUAUGAUCGCCUACAUGUCUGCUGUUGCUAAGGCUCUCACUCGCGUGCACCCGUCCGUGCAUCGCAGCUUUUACCUCGACGACCGCAACUUGGCUGGGCGUGAUGCUGGCGAGGUGUUGGAUGCUGUGAGCUUUGCUGAAGGGUGGUCUGGCCGUCUUGGACUCCAGGAGAACUACGCAAAACUGAAAGUUGUUGCUCGCGACCCGGCCCAGCGUCCACAGGCUGAGGCGCAGUCGGUUCGGGUCGCGUUGGAAUACGCCUCUAGGCUUGUCCUGUCACGAUUGUUUCGGCACCACAAGCGACUUCUGUUUCGCCAAAUCGUUGUCCCGAAGUUCUGCUUUGGUUGGCUCACCUUCCACACUUUGGGUCGGGAGAGUUCCGCUUUCUGGACUAAGUUCCGACGGGCAGCUGAGUGCCACCGUCAGGCAGCUGUCCCUUUGUUGCGCCUCCUGGAAGGUCACUUCUCUGACUGCCGUUUCACUGCAGGGCAGCAGGCUUUCUCGGCUUUGUGGUGGGUGGCCUCGCGAGGCUUCCUCCAGUACUGGCGACCGGUUGCCGAGGGCUUCACAUGGCAAGGACGGAUCCGCUCGUUUCUGUGCUCGCUGGGAUGGGCUGAGACUGGUCCGUGGAGCUGGCACCAUCAUGCUCUGGGCGCCUUGCACUUUGGACAGAGGUCAGUCCGAGACCGUCGUCGAGGACUCCACCUCCUUCGUGAAUCGUGGCGCCGCUCCCAGUUGCGUACUCGUCGUGACAGCAUUGGGCUUCGGGCCCACCUGCAGUACGAUGAGUUACAGGUGAAAGCUACCAGCAGGUUCUACCAUUCGUCGCCAAACACCUCCAAGACCAGCGACUUCUUGCUGAACAGCUUGAGACCCACUUGGUACAGCAGCAUGCCAAAGUUUUGGGAGUCGACUUCUGUCGUGGCAAGCGAGCUCGGCACGCUACUGCUGAACUGA